UUGGUUCCUGCGCAGAUGCCGGGGCCGUAGGCGUCGCGCGGUUGGCUGGUUGCGGUUCACAGGGAGGAGGACGUCGGGGCUCGCCUUCCCUCCGCCUCCGCCGCCGCCACCGCCAUGAUUCCGGUGUCGCUGGUGGUGGUGGUGGUGGGCGGCUGGACCGCUGUCUACCUGACCGACUUGGUGCUGAAGUCCUCUGUCUAUUUUAAGCAUUCUUAUGAAGACUGGCUGGAAAACAAUGGGUUGAGCAUCUCCCCUUUUCACAUAAGAUGGCAAACUGCUGUUUUCAAUCGUGCCUUUUACAGUUGGGGACGGCGGAAAGCAAGGAUGCUUUACCAGUGGUUCAAUUUUGGAAUGGUGUUUGGAGUGAUUGCCAUGUUUAGCUCUUUUUUCCUUCUUGGAAAAACGCUGAUGCAGACUUUGGCACAAAUGAUGGCUGAGUCUCCCUCUUCCUAUUCUUCCUCCUCUUCCUCCUCUUCUUCCUCUUCCUCUUCUUCCUCUUCCUCCUCUUCCUCUUCUUCCUCCUCAAUUCACAACGAACAGGUGCUGCAAGUUGUGGUUCCUGGUAUCAAUUUACCUGUCAACCAACUGACCUAUUUCUUCGCUGCAGUCCUCAUUAGUGGUGUUGUACAUGAAAUUGGACAUGGGAUAGCAGCCAUUAGGGAACAAGUUCGAUUUAAUGGCUUUGGGAUUUUUCUCUUCAUUAUUUAUCCUGGAGCAUUUGUUGAUCUGUUCACCACUCAUUUGCAAUUUAUAUCUCCAGUCCAGCAGCUAAGGAUAUUUUGUGCAGGUAUCUGGCAUAAUUUUGUCCUUGCCCUUUUGGGUAUUUUAGCUCUUGUUCUCCUGCCGGUAAUUCUCUUGCCAUUUUACUACACUGGAGUCGGGGUGCUAAUCACCGAAGUUGCUGAGGACUCACCUGCCAUUGGACCCAGAGGCCUUUUUGUGGGAGACCUUGUCACCCAUCUGCAGGAUUGUCCUGUUACUAGUGUGCAAGAUUGGAAUGAAUGUCUAGAUAACAUCGCAUAUGAGCCCCAAAUUGGUUACUGUAUAAGUGCAUCAACUUUACAGCAGUUAAGCUUCCCAGUUAGAGUGUACAAACGGCUGGAUGGUUCUACUGAAUGUUGUAACAAUCACAGCCUCACGGAUUUGUGCUUUUCCUACAGAAAUAAUUUUAAUAAGCGUUUGCACACAUGUCUACCUGCCCGGAAAGCCAUUGAAGCCACUCAAGUUUGUAGAACCAAUAAAGAUUGUAAAAAAGGCUCAAGUUCAAGUUUCUGUAUAGUACCUUCUUUGGAAACUCAUACUCGCUUAAUAAAAGUGAAGCACCCGCCUCAAAUUGAUAUGUUGUAUGUAGGACAUCCACUGUACCUUCACUACACAGUGAGCAUCACCAGUUUUAUACCACGUUUCAACUUUCUAAGCAUAGAUCUGCCUGUGGUUGUGGAGACGUUUGUCAAGUACUUGAUUUCACUCUCAGGAGCUCUAGCUAUUGUCAAUGCAGUGCCCUGCUUUGCUUUGGACGGACAGUGGAUUUUAAACUCUUUCCUGGAUGCCACCCUUACCUCAGUGAUUGGAGACAAUGAUGUCAAAGAUCUGAUAGGAUUUUUCAUCUUGCUUGGUGGCAGUGUGCUUUUGGCUGCGAACGUGACUCUGGGCCUCUGGAUGGUUACAGCCCGGUAAUGUUUGCACUCAUCUGACAGAAUAUCUGAGUUACAGUAUACAGCUAUGUGGAAAUAACCAUUGCCAUUCAAAACCUUACUUGGUAAGAAAUAUAAAGUGUUUUCUUAAAGUUAUGUCUUAGCCAACAACUUUGAGCUCCUAUAUCCAGAGAACCCAAAUUCUGGGGUGGGGAAUAAACUAAAGAAAUGGAAGGUAUAGUCCCUGAGGACAGUCUAGUUUCAAAGACUAAACAUACACACUUCAGAUGCUUGCGGAACAAUUUCUAAACAAGUACAAAUUCAUGUAAUAUCAUUUUGCAUGACUCCACAUUAUGUUGAAAUAGUGUAAAGGAGAAUAGAAUUGGGUCGAUUUAAUCAGGGAAAACUUCUUUCAAAAGCAAUAUUAAUCAAGAUUUGAAGGAGACCAGACUUUGGCCAAGCAGAAGGGUAAGCAUUUUCUUGGCCUCUAUCUCUUGUCCUUUGUCUUGUUUGAAAAAUAUUUUAAAAUCUAAUGGUGUAUUAUUUUGUACUUUGAAAACUUAGGUAUGAUUACAAUUAAAGUAGUACAAUUCUAUAAAAGAAUCUGAUGACAUGAAAUGACAUGAAACAGAAUAUCCUUGUCAAACGAUGCCAAACAAAUGAAUAAACAAAGUAAGACGUAUGACCUAUGAUAUCAUGAGACACAUUUUGCUCCACAAGAAUUGCCUCUUUAGUAAUGUGCCUGCACCCUCACAAAGCAGCAUUAGCCUUGACAUUCAGAGUGAACUGCAGGCAAGGGUCUGACACCUACAGUGUGUGAGAAGAGGCAGUUAGGGUUGAGCAUCAGAACUGAGCCAGGUCUUCUGACAGAUCCCACAUGUCACUCUUCAGCAGUCCUGGUUACCCUUCUCUAGAGCCCUUCCAGGACAGAUUAUUUUCUCUUGUGCUGCUGAGUCCACAUGGGGCCUAGUUCCUGGGUCCCUAUCCUCAAGAAGCAACCACCUUGAGCUCUGAGCCAUGCUCUGUCCUCACUAACCUCUCCCAUGUUUCACUGUGUCAGGUGAUUGAACACUUAGUCCUUGCUGUCCGUCUUUCUCCUAAGCUACCUCUGUGGGCCCACCAAAGACUUUGUAGUACAGUGAGAAAUAGCUAUACACAAGUACAAAUGUGGCUUUGCCAGAGCCUGGGAACUGACUCUUGAGCCCAAAAGAGCUCGUUCAGGGUCUUUUGGACUGGAGAUACAGCCCUGGGAAAUUUGGGAAGUCAGCAAGCCAGUGUGAACAUAUUGGUCUUAGAAGUGUAUGAGUAUUUGUUUCCUUGAUGAAAAAUACAUGCUUCUUCCAUACACUGAAAAAGUGAUAAAAAGGCAAUAACUCAUUGACAGCCAAGUAUCAACUUCUUCACUAAGUGGGGUUACCUGUUUCAGAUAUUAAGUUGCUCUUUAAGCACUAAAAGUUUUUAAUCAUUUUUAAGAAACUCUUUUAAAUUUUAUUACAAAUUUGCAUUUCUUCUUAAACAGAAAUUAUAUUGAAUAUGAUUUUAAAUUUUAUCAGUGACUCGAAGUCAUCAGUUAAUAACAGUACUAAAACUGGACAAAUUCUUAGUUUAUCCCAGGAAAAAUAUGGCAUUUGUUCUAUUCUUAGGUAGACAUUCAUUUGGGAUCAAAGUUUAUUAGCAUAGUAAUGCUCAAAUUUGUUUAGGCAAUAGAGCUUGGAGAAUGCCAUGAAAUAAUAUAUAAUUAACUGGAUUACAUGAACUAAGCAAUUAAUGAAAAUAUUGCUUAUGUGCAGGUCAUUUUCUUUUAAACUGAGAAAAAAUUUUAAUAGGGGAAAUCCUAUCCAUUACCUUCUUUUUUCUGGGUUAUAGAAAAAACAGUCAUUGUAUUUUAGCUGUUCAGCACCUUGGUCAGGAUUUGGGAGCCAUUCUAUUAGGAAAUUGAGUAGAUAAGUACUAUUUUGUAUAGAAAUGGUUUCAUGUUAUAUCAGAACAGAAAUGUUACAUGUUUGUCUCUUCAGCAUGAUUGUGGGCACUUCUAGAACAAGGACCAUGUUAUAUUCAUCUUUGCAUCCCUGGCACAGUGCAUGAGACAUCAUAAGUGCUUAAUAAAUGUGGUUGAAUGGAUGAUGAUUAGUGUUAUUUAUGGAAUAGAAAAGCAUGUUUCUAUUUAAGUAGCUGUAAAAAGUAUUAUUGAAUAUUUACUAUAAAUAUAUGUUAACAUAAAAAAUUAACUUGGAAGGUCUUUGUGUCCCUGGUGUAUUAUCUUCUUUAUGGAAAUAAUCCAUUUUGGUUUCUGUAGAGCAAUUAGAAAAAUGAAUUAUUUUGAGGAUUCGAAGUGUUCUUUCUGUGUUGUCACUUUGUUCAACAGCAAAACCUUAUUCUCAGUGUUCCUAUUCCACAUCGUUUACAUUUUUGAGGGUUUUCUUUUAAUCACCUACAAUCUGUAAAGAAUGUAUUUUUUUUAGCAUCUCAGUUUGGAAAGAUAUACAGUUAAACUUGACCUUUUGAUAAUCACUCUUAUAGGUCAUUGUCUAACAGUAAAUUAUAAAAGUGUCCUAUGGUAUUUAUUGAAUGUCCACAUACUAAUGGGCACAAGUAUUUUUUUCUUUAAAUCUUUUAACUGUGCUGUAAUUCAUUCUGAAGCUUUAACUUGAAAUUAUAAUUGCUGACAUUUGAUGUUUAGCAAUAAAAGAAUAAAUGUGUGCUAGCAUUUUA